GUACAGUCCAAGUAUUCUGAAGUCAUACAGUAGAUUCAUGUGUAGAACAGAUUGUACAAGUCUAACUCAAUCAUGAAGAAUUGAAUUCCUAUCUGUUUCUCACACUAAACCAUCAUAUGAGUUCAGAAGACUUUAAAUCGGAGGGAAAGGCAGAGUUCAUUUACGUUAAUUUGAUGGAAAAGAUCAGCAUGAACAUUCUGCUAUAUUGUGUUCCACUAAAGAAAACCGCACAGGUUUGGAAAGACGUGAGAGCGAGUAAAUCAUCAUUUUCUCUUUUCUGAUAAACCGGCCAGGCCCACCACGCUGGUUUCUGCAGGUCAGAUGCAUCUGCGAGUCUCCAUCGUUCUUCUUUUCAUUCUUCUAACUGGAGGAUUCUCUCUAAACUGUUAUGAUUGCCAGGAUCAACAAAGAGAUACUUGUACAAAAGAGAAAACAUGUAAUGGUAAACAUACCAAGUGUGCAAGUACAAAAACAGUAGACUACUUUGGACGGUAUAGAAACCUGACAGAGGAAAGGGUAAGGAUCGGAAACUCGACUCGCCUAAAGUACAAACAAGCUACAUGUUGGAGCAAGUACACCGCUCCCCUGAAGGAAACCUUUUCUUGGAGCUGUGCUAUGCCACAUGAAUGUAAAAGCUGGUCUUUUAGCACAGGCUGCUGGAGAAAGAUGUUUUAUGCCCAGUGCUGUAACACCAAAUUUUGCAAUCAAAAAAAGGCAACAGGAUUUUCUUCAACCUCUCAUAACCCCAACGGAAAGAAAUGUUUCACUUGUGAUGAUGUGGGCUGCUCAAAAGUAAUGAGUUGUUGGGGGGAUGAAAACCAAUGCUUUACUACAAAAGCAAAUGAAACUUUAAAGGCUAUCAAAGGAUGUGCAUCGAAACCUGCCUGUGAUCGGGAGCUUGGACGGAUUUUAGAAUCUUAUGGGAACAUCACAUGUUGUUCAGGUUACCUGUGUAACGGUGCUCAGAGCGUCACUCAGAGCUUCCUGUUCCUCUGCUGUUCUCUGCUCUCCUUCAUCCUGCUGCACUGAAUCCAGAAGCAAUGAUUCUCACAUCAGCAUUUUAAUAAAUUACUGUGCAUUAUAAAGAAA